CCUCGCACAUACAUCAGAUGUAUAUCUAGCCUUUGAAGGGUUGACAUCUCAGCAAUAGCUUGAAAUGACAUGAGAUUGUCACUAUGCGCCAAUCAUUAAGCCUCCUGGCGGCAAUUUCCCGCACAACACCCUCAAAACUGAAGAAGCCAGCAGUCAGUCUAGAUCAUUUUAUCCAGAGGCAAAGGGUACUAUCACUAUGGCGUGAGAUUGUGCGAGCAUUGUACAAAGCCCCGCCUUCUCCGACAAGGGAUGAGCUGCGCUCAUAUGCUCGGCACGAAUUUGAGCGGAACCGUGAAGUUUCGGAUUUGUCUCACAUACGCUAUCUAAUCUCGACAGGGAAAGCUGAAUUCGAGACUAUGAGGCGCUACAUCGACGAGCAGAUUGCUAGGUGAUUCUUGUCAUUUCAAACGCUUAAUAUCCAUGUUAGAUUAUUGUACAUUAUCAUAGAAAACUACUUCUGAGCAAUCCGUGCCAGGGUAUCAAAUCAUCCCUCAUUUCUCAUUCCUCCCAAAUUUAGCAUGCGACCUCGGCGAAGUCUAGCGGUGCCAGUGGCCUUCACGGACGGGUCCUGU